AACGUAAUCAGUGCCGGGGAGGUUAUGGUCAACGCGAAACCCAAACAAAAAACGCUUCAAGCGGAAGCCAGAAAGAAUCCUGACCGUCUGACGACGAAAGAAAAGUGGAUAAACAAUGGCAUCAGCAACAUCUUUGCCCAAGGCCAACAGUGCUUUCUCUCUGGCUUUGCUCAAACAGCUGAGCAACAACAAGACGGGAAACAUCUUUCUCACCCUGUUCAGCAUCUCUUCAGCCCUGGCUAUGGUGAUGCUGGGGGCCAGAGGCAACACAGCCACACAGAUGUCAGAGUGCUUGCAAGCCAAGGAUUGUUGGGGUGAUGUUCACAGCAGCUUUGCCAAACUUCUCACUGAACUCAACAGGCCAGAGGCUCUAUUUACCUUCACUGUUGCUAACAGACUGUACAGAGAGAAGUCCUGCCCCUUUACUCAGAAAUUCUUAAUACAAAGCAAGAAACAUUACAGCACAGAGCUGGAGUCUGUGGACUUCAAGACCAGGUCUGAAGAAGUUAGGAUUAAUGUCAACAACUGGAUGCAGCAACAAACACCAGGUAACAUCACAGAGGUGGUGGAUGAAGAUGAUUUGAGUGAACUGACCAGGCUGGUGUUGUUCACUGCCACCCACUUCAGAGGCAGCUGGAUUAAAGAUUUCUCGUGGUUUGAAACUUAUGAUGCUCAAUUUUGGCUUAAUAAGCUGAAGAAGGAGCUGACCUAUAAAAAGUUUGUGGCUUGGACUCAUCCAGGCAAGAUGCAAACAUGUUACAUUGAUGUGAGGCUGCCUCAGUUUACACUGGAGGAGACGUAUGACCUGAACACAGUCCUGAGCAGCAUGAGCAUGGUGGACGUCUUUGAUCACACAAAGUGUGACUUCUCUGGCAUGUCUGGGCACAAAGAUCUGGUACUUUCAAAAGUCAUCCACAAGGCUUUUGUGAAGGUCCACGAGAAGGCAACUGAGGCUACUUUUGUGGAUAUGUGUUGGGGUGAAGCUAUGUGUUCGUUUGAGCUUCAGUCGGGCAAGAUAAUGCGGGGCAAUUUAAAAUCCUUCAUCGCAGACCACCUCUUCCUCUUCUUCAUCAGACAUAACCCCACCAUGAACAUCCUGUUUGCUGGUCGGUUCUGCUGCCCUGUGUGAGCUCUGUGUCCUUUAGAGCAGCUCAGUACCAGAAGUCUUUAGUGUUUAGUUGGAGAACCUUUCAAAAUCACUGCACAACAGCGCUGUAUCCAUAUUAAUAUACAGCUCUCUACUAUCAGUUUUUUUCUAUGUUUUGUAUCUCAUAUUUUGUAUUUUUCUAUUUUCAAAACUUUCUUAUCUUUAAUGUUAUCUGUUCAGAUGUUUAUACCAUACUCUUCUAAUGUCCCAUCUUCUGAUCAGAAAUUUAUCAAACAGUGUUUAGUGGCUGAAAUGAGACAAACUGCUGCAUGAUGUAUAAUUUACAUUUGAUCUUAAUUUUUCAUUCACCUCACACUGGCCGGUUCAGGACAAUUAGCACAUACAAUGCUCAGUUCUGCACUUGAUGGUGACCAGGAGAUGGUAUCUGUAUAUUCUUGUCUCAUUGUGGCAGGUUGUGAAUUUCAGUAUACAGUAAUUAGGCCUCAGUAUAUAGAAGUCAUGAACACAAAUAUCUGAGAUCAUGAUGGAGCUGUGUCAUGUCUGAUAUUGACAUGGCUUUAGAAUACCAGCUCUGAAUCAAUAAUGUGUCAUGUUAUAUCCUUGUUGCUUUGAUUCCUCUCUCCUUGUCUCUUCCUUGCCUCCUUCGUACACAUCACUGGUGGAAGGGACUAACGUCAAGGAGAGGAGGCAAGGAAAGGAAUGCAGGAUGUACAAUCUGAGAAAUUAAAAGAAAGGGAAUGUUUUUGUUUCCUGCAUUUUAUAUAAAGUUUAUAAUAAGUAUAAACUCUUCAUGACAUUAUUUUUGGAAGUAUCCCCGCUCUGAUCUGAGUGCUUGAAUCAUAUGAUAAAUACAAACACCUACAAGAUAUUAUGGUAAUGCAAAUAAAACUAAAUAAAAGAACAUCCAUUCAAACCA